GCUCAUGCUGCUGCUGGUCUGCGCCGCAAACCGAGUCAAGGACAAGAUGAAAGGGGGGCUGGGCUCCCCCUCUUCACCCCCUCGAGAACUGCAGCUCUCCCCUCUACCCCCAACCUCCUUCCCCACAACUGAGGACAACGUCUUGUACCAUCUGAACCAUCUGUGUGGGGAUGACCUGGAGGUGCCACGAGUGGCGCAGCACGAGGUGGUGAGGGGCAAGUUCCUCGGCCACGGCGCCUUCGGGGAGGUCUUCGAGGGGCGCAUGAGGGGCGAGCGAGUGGCCAUCAAGAUGCUGCGCAAGGGCGCCUCAGAGGCGGAGAGGCGCGAGUUCCUGCAGGAGGCGCAGCUGAUGAGUCACUUCCAGCACCCACACAUCCUGCGCCUGCUGGCGGUGUGCACGCAGCCCUUCCUGCUGCUGCUGGAACUCAUGGAGGGCGGCGACCUGCUGUCACACCUGCGUGCCAGCAGACCGGCCAAUGGUGGACAAGGCUUGAGGGUGGAGGACAUGUUGGCCAUGUGUGUGGACGUGGCCAAAGGCUGUAGCUACCUGGAGGACCUGCACUUCGUCCACCGCGACCUGGCGGCCAGGAACUGUCUGGUGUCCACCGGCGACCCGCGGUCCCGCGUCGUCAAGAUCGGCGACUUCGGCCUUGCGCGCGACAUCUACAAGAGCGACUACUACAGGAAAGAGGUGGGCUGGUGGUACUGCUAG